UUGGUUUUUUUUGGUUCUUAACGCUCUCUAUAAAACCCUCUCACCUCUCUCUCUCCGAUCCCAAUCCCAAAGGAGGAGGAGGAGAAGAAGAGGGGAUACGUAGACAUAUACGUAUAGAUGGGCCAGUGCUACGCCAAGAACAUCGCAACCGUCGAGUACGACGGCGCCGGCGCCGGAGAUGACGAGGCCUCAGCCGGAGAGCUCCGCGACCAGCGGCGGACUGCCUCGCCGUCCCCCGGGGCGGGGGCGGCGGCGGCGGCGCGGUCGACCCCCCGGAGGUUCUUCCGCCGCCCCUUCCCCCCGCCGUCGCCGGCGAAGCACAUCAGGGCCUCGCUCGCCAAGCGCCAGGGCCCGCCGAGGCCUCCCGAGGGCCCGAUCCCCGAGGAGGCCGCCGCCGCCUCCGCUGCCUCCGCUGCAGCGGGGCCCGAGGGGGAGAGGGGUUUGGAUAAGAGCUUUGGGUACGGGAAAAACUUCGGGGCCAAGUACGAGAUUGGGAAGGAGGUGGGGAGGGGGCACUUCGGGCACACGUGCUCGGCUAGGGCGAAGAAGGGGGAGAUCAGGGGCCACCCCGUGGCCGUUAAGAUCAUCUCCAAAGCCAAGAUGACAACACCAAUAUCUAUUGAAGAUGUUCGUAGGGAGGUGAAGAUCCUGAAAUCAUUGUCUGGGCAUACAAACCUGGUCAAAUUUUAUGAUGCAUGUGAGGAUGCCCUUAAUGUCUACAUAAUCAUGGAAUUGUGUGAAGGUGGAGAGUUAUUAGACAGAAUUCUAUCCAGAGGCGGAAGGUACUUGGAGGAAGAUGCAAAAGUUAUUGUCGUGCAAAUUUUGAGUGUAGUUGCUUUUUGUCACCUUCAGGGCGUUGUACACCGCGAUUUAAAGCCAGAGAACUUUCUAUUCGGCACUAAAGAAGAAAAUUCCCCUAUGAAGCUUAUUGAUUUUGGUCUUUCUGAUUUUAUAAGACCAGAUGAAAGAUUGAAUGACAUUGUUGGAAGUGCAUAUUAUGUUGCUCCUGAAGUCUUGCAUAGGUCAUAUAGCAUGGAAGCUGACGUUUGGAGCACUGGCGUUAUAACAUAUAUUUUGUUAUGUGGUAGUAGACCAUUCUGGGCAAGGACAGAAUCUGGAAUAUUCCGAUCGGUGCUGAGAGCAGAUCCUAAUUUUGAUGAUUCUCCUUGGCCUUCUAUAUCUCCAGAAGCUAAAGAUUUUGUGAAAAGGCUUCUAAAUAAAGAUUAUAGAAAAAGAAUGACCGCUCCACAGGCUCUAUCUCACCCUUGGUUGCGAGAUGAGCAGCGACAAGUCCCUCUUGAUAUAUUUAUCUAUAAGUUAGUUAAAGCUUAUCUUCGUGCAACUCCUUUCAAGCGUGCAGCAUUGAAGGCCUUGUCCAAAGCGAUACCAGAAGAUGAGCUUGUCUAUAUUAGAUCGCAAUAUAGCUUGCUGGAACCGAAUAAAGAUGGCCGUGUCUCCCUCGAAAAUUUUAGGAUGGCACUUGCAGAAAAUGCAACCGAAGCUAUGAAGGAGUCGAGGGUUUUUGACAUCUUGCAUGCGCUAGAGCCACUUUCAUACCGGAGAAUGGACUUUGAGGAGUUUCGUGCCGCGACGAUCAGCCCGUACCAGCUCGAGGCCUUGGAAGGGUGGGAACAAAUAGCGACCACCGCAUUCGAGUUCUUUGAGCAGGAAGGUAAUCGAGUCAUCACGAUUGAAGAACUCGCGCAGGAAAUGAACCUCUCCCCCGCGGCUUAUUCUAUGGUUCGCGACUGGAUACGGCCGUCCGAUGGCAAACUCAGCUUUUUAGGGUACACCAAGUUUUUGCAUGGUGUGACGAUGCGUAGCGGCAAUACGAGACACCACCACCGCUAGAUUUACUCAAUCGAGAUUCCUAUCAUUUGUUUUUCUUUUUUUUUCCAUUCAUGUCAUUUGAUAUAGCAACUGAGUUUUACCUUUAACUUCUUUUUUUUUAUUUACUUUUUGUUUAUGUAGAGAAUGCAUGUAAGUGGGAAUAUUUCAUAUAAGGUACAAAAAUGCAUGAUGUACUAAAACGUGGGCCCAAACCACAGGAGCCCAGGAGAUGAAAGGAUCCUUUUUCGUAAUGUUUUUAAUUGGACUAGAUUGGAACUUAAUUAGACUAA